AUGGGAUUCAAAGAGAUCUUCUCCGCGCAAAAGAAGAAGCCUCCAUCGAAGGAGGAUUUGGCGAGUGCGAGUGCGAGUGCUGCUGCUGCUGCGACGACCGCGACAACAACGAGCGCGAAACAGAAGAAGAAAAAGAAUAGGAAGACGAAGCAAAACGAAGAAGAAGACAAAGAAGAAGAAGAAGAAGAAGAGAAACGAACGACGAGGACGACGAGGACGGGUGGUCGAGGUAAAAAAGCGCAGCCGUCGUUGCCGACGUUGGACGUGCGCGAUGAUAUCACCUCGAGAAGAGGAGGAAAGACAGCAAGAAGUCCCACGGCGGCGAAACUGGCCGAGAUGAAAAGUUCUUUGCACGCGAAAAAGUUGAAGAAGACGAACGAAGAAGAGGAGGAGAUGGAAAGAGAGAAGAAGGAAGAAGAAGAAGAAGAAGAAGAAGAAGAAGAAGAAGAAGAAGAAGAAGAAGAAGAAGAAGAAGAGGUAUUGUUGACGAAACUGUCGCGAAAUAUGCGCGAACUGAAACGCGCGUUGGACGCGGCGGAUACCGUGGAAGAUCAAACGGAGCUUUUCGGUAGGUUGAGAGACGUAGAGAUCGCGCUGAAAGCGAUCGAGGUUUCCGAGGACGUUUUGGCUGCGAGUACGACAGAGAAGGAAAGGUUGAAUUCUUUGGACGACGAGGAGUGGAGUCGGAAAAAGUGCACGUAUUUCUCAAAGUGCAUGAUUCGAUGCUGGAACGUCGCGGUGGUGAGCGAUGCGAAAACGACAAACGUUGGGGCCGCCGUUGUUUCUAUAAACGUGCGCGAGAAAGUACUAGAAUUGCUCACAGAGGCAAAGAGCGCGUGUGAUGUAAACGGCACCAUCAUCGAUGGAGACUUACUGAUAUCUUUGAGUGGGAAAUUAGCGGAGACGUGCUACGAGUGCGCUCGGUUUUCAAUGGCAGAGAAGUACUUCAAAAAGGCGUUGGAAGGGACGCGAUUUGAUUGUGAUUUCUCCGAAGACGAGUCUCCUUCGAAAGAAGAGUUGAGAGAUCACGAGGAAGAUGAAGAAAUUUUCUUCUGCAACUUCAAAGUCGCAUCGCUACGAGGAGCGAACUUUAUUCGCUUGAACGACUUAUCGAAAGCGUCUUCGAUGUUUGCGAAGUGUGCGAGAACGUUACUGUUCGCAAAUGCGAUGUCGUCGAGUAGCGAAUCAGCGAAAAAGGCACGCAUGGUUUCUAUAUUUUUCGGCGCCUUGGAGAAGUUGGCAAAAGACUUGGAGGAUCUCGAUAUAUCGAGCAACGAGGAUGGGGAUGGCGAACCGACAAAAAGGAAGAUGAUGGACGUGAUUAAAGUAGCCUUGGAGAAUUUGAUUGAAGUCGCAGAGACGAUUGAUACAUCAGUUUUCCCGCUCGCGACCAAGAAAAAUAUGCAAACUCGAGCGGCGAAAGUUUGCGUAUUCUUAAACGAAGAUGCUUCUAAACAUCUCAACCUGGUUGAAGAUGAUGAUAAAAAGAAAAGUAAAGAUACGAUAAGUACGAUUGAAGACGCGCAAACGUUACUUCUCUCGGCGCAAACGUCGCUUUUGAACGAUGGGAAAGUGGAUUAUGCAGAAAAAUGCGCCCUUCGCGUACUCGGCGAAGAUGGCGACGCAAAAGACGAAAGAUUUGAGAAGACGAGAACGUUGCGAACGUUCGCUUCCGCUGCGUUUGUACUUGCGCUCGCGACGAAAAACGUUAACGCUGGCAUAGAACGGAUUGAGAAACGUUUGAAAGCUAUUCAAGCUGUGAAAGACGACGAGUGCAAGUUUGCGCUCAUCGCAAGCACGUUCUGGGCAGCGUUUUCAAUCACAUCUUCAGCAUCGUCAACGUCACUAACGAACGAAGAAAACGAAUAUACCGCAAUCAAAUACGCCGAGCGAUUACUAACUCCUUCUUCGCUCAUAACGCAAAUAUUGACGUCCAGCGAUUCGAAGGAGAGCUCGCCUCUGCUCGCCCGAGCUCGCGCCUUGGCGUGGAAUUACGCGGUCGAUCUCGAACUUAUCGCUGAAGCGGCUUAUCGAGGGGAAAAUGCCAAAAAAUUGGCUAAACUCGCGCACGACGCAUUUGACAACGUCGUAGCAAUCGAUAAAUUAUGCCGCGAAGCAGGGUUUAUCUCAGAAAAUAAGGAGUCGAUUGAAUGCCAAAGCUUUCAGAACGACGAAGCAGACGCGCUCAAAACGCGAGCAUUUUGUGCUCUGAGCGCGUCGUCUCCUUCUGAUGAUUCGUCGCUCGCAUUGGCUUCUCACGCAGUGCAAGCGCUCGAGGCGCACGAAAGCCGAGAGAUGCGUUUGGUUUCAGCAUCUACCGCAUUACUUCGACUCAAACUUUGCAGAGCAGAGUUGCAAAAUUUACGUUGCAAAGAAAAAGACGCCACUCUCCAAGAGGAGGAAAACACCAUUACGCAAGGCAAAUCUGCUCCUGGUAGCAAUAAUAAGACGAUGAUCGUCUCGCGCGUCAAAACUGCAUUUCAUACGAUUUGUCGGGUUGGAGACCCAAAUGCAAUCAUUUUUGCAGCUUCCGAGCUCGAUGCAUUGGCAGAUGCGGAAAUUAUCGCCGACGCAUUAAGGUCGGCCUGGGACGCGUUGAUAACUUUUUGUGAAAAGAAGAAGUUGAACGCACCGCAGCAACAACAACAAAAGACGACGAUAGAAAAACAAGACGAAGAUAACAUAAAAAGUUUGAAAAACGAAGCGAUGGUAUUUCGUGCGUAUCUCGCGCAUGCGUGGAGAAGCUUGUCAACUACCGGAACGAUGACAACUAUCGAUCCAUCGAAAUUUUUCGUAACGUUAGUCUCCGACGUGACGCGCUGGCUGGCGAGAACAGCAAAGAUUCCAAUGCUCCUGAAAAUAUUUCCCGAGAGCCUCGUCAUAAUCGAUAUUGUUUUCGAUUUGGUUGAUUUAUGCUUACAGCGCGCCUCGAAGGAAAAAUCUACAUCGUCGUCGUUGUCCUCCUCCUCCUCCUCCUUGAUUGAUUGCGUCAGACGUCUCUCUUUCGCCGCCGCCCAACUACUCGAACGCGUCCAAUCUUCACAAGAAUACGACAAAGAAGCGUCUCCGGCAUCCAAAUUUCGCGCAAGUUGUAUGAGUUUAACUUGCUUUCAGAUCGCGAUUGCUGCCAUGCUCGACGGGAUGCGCGAAGAUGAUGAAAAAGCGCUCUCAAAGACGGAAAAAGCGGUUGCUAAGUUUCAAGAGUGCAUCGAAAAAGCGAAGGAGGAAUACUCAAGUGACGUUGGACAGAUGGAAACAAUACGCAAAUACGAAGACAAUUUGAUUGCGUACGAGUACGCUGUGCUGAACUUGCAGAACAAGCGAAAAGGUGCAACGUCUUUGAGUGCGGAGGAAGUAAAAGCGUUUUGCAAUGGACCGGGUUCGAAAGUUUCCUCUCCGCGAGUAUUACUACGAUUAUGCGAAGACUACCCGGAUAACAAAGCAGCCGGUUCCGUAAUUAACAACAUCAUCGUCGAACGCAUAUUAGAAAGUGCAAACAAGCGAGAAGCUUUUGAUGGUAUCACGCUAGCUGCUGCCUUUCGCAGACUCUUCGCUGCAGAAGAGCAAAACGAAAAAGCGCUACAACUAUUUUCCUUACUCUCUACAUUGAAGCCGCCUCAAAGUGGUACGAAUACAUUGGUAUUCCCCACCGCUGAAGCAGAAUAUUUAGUUUCGUUGGCAUUCAAUCGAGCAACGCACAUGGAAAGAUUGGAAGAGCCGGAAAAGGCGUUAACGUGGGUAAAAUCCAUCGAGAAAGUUAUUGAAAAGAAGAAAGACACGGAAGAAGAGGACGAGACCACUUUUCUCUCGAGAUCCUUACGUCCGACUUUUGUUGAAAUAUUGGCCGAGAGGCUUCGAGAUGCGGAGGCAGACUUACAAGGAGAGAUUGAGGUGAGAGUGUGA